UCCAACGCCGGGGUGUGGCCACGGUCGUUUUUCAGCUGUUGUUGGUUUUUCCAUGCUAAAAGGAGAGCCCGGCUAAGCAGGAAAAGCCGGGUGCAUCCCCGCCGUAACUCCGGGCUGGGUCCCGCCGCUGCCUCGCCGUGCCCAGGAGGGUUAAGCCAAGGCAUGCAAAUCCUCCGAGCCUUGGCCACUCCGGAGCGAGAGCUUUGGCAGGGAAAGCGAUUCUCGGCAGCAGCAGCUCCAGCCUCGAGGGUCACGGCUGGCACCCCAGCAGAAGAUGCAGACAGCCAGCAAAGAGCUGGCAUCAGGCUUUUCUCGGGAGUUAGCGCCUCGGUUGGAGGCCUAGACCCUCAUUCGGUCAUUAAUUAAAUAUGCAAAGGAGCCUUUGAGAGCUGCGUUGAGAAUGGGGAUGUCCGAGGAAGGAAGCAGGUUGGAGAUGGGUCCUGCUUCUCGCAGGUGGGCACUGAUCACCCUGUCCUGCACCCAGCACUUCACCAGCAGCCGCAACUCAUGGUGCUUGUGUGUGAGGAAACUGUUGUCCUGAUAGGAGACAUCCUGAUGCAAACACAAGGCUGGGGAAAACCCAUGUCCAUCAGCUUGGUCCGGUGUAAGGUGUCCCUGUGGCAGGGGGUUGGAGCUGGACUGAUCUUUAAGACCCUUUCUAACCCAAACCAUUCUGGGAUUCUAUGAAAAGGAUGAAAAUAAGCGUCAGGAAAAUCCCAAGUUUGUGCUGGCACUGGGCUCCCAUCCUCCCCCACGUGCGUUCCCUCCGCGGGGUCCAGCUUGCAGAUUCAUCUUCCCUGGGAGAUUAGCGACUAAUCUCUCCUUCAUCCGCCGUCUUUCUUAUCUGUAUCGGGAGCCAGACUGGAAAUUACUGAGUCCUGCUGGUCCCGGGGUCCAGCCCUGAUUAACGGGUGACCUUCUGCCGCUGGAGGAGGAUUGGCGGCCGCCGCCGAGCUCCCAGUCCUUCUUUUCCUCCCACCGGCCACGGUGGCACAGCCCGGCAGAGGAUUCCCGUCCACAGCCGGUGGGAAGAUGCCCGGCGGUGGCCGGGCCGCAGCGGGAGCCACAAGCCGAGAACGACGUCUGCCGGGCUGGCAGCCGCUCUGCCUGGACAUGAGGUGGGUGUCUCCCGCGCCGGGGGGUCUGGGGAGCUGGGAGGUUGGUCCGGAGAGUGGCAUCCUCCAUCGCCGCGCUGAGGACCGCUGGCCCCGCUGCUCUGCAGUGGCAAGGGAUGCUCGGCGGAGGCAGAGCGCCAACACUCCCACCCCAUCCCCAUCACCUCAGGUCGCUGCGCUCCGGGUUGCCUUCCCAGGACCAUGACAUCCCAACACGUCUCCCCAUGGGCACCGGCUAGACUCAGCCCGUCCCGAGGAGCCCGGCUACGGGCUCUGCAUCUCUCUCACAGGCUGUCCUUCCUCCGCACCUAGGGGCCAUCCAUUUCUGCUCGGAGCUUCUUAGAGAACUGGCGGCUACCUCCACGGCCCGGAACAAGUGUGGAACAGUGCCUUAGGCGCUCACCCGGAGCUCGCCGGGGCUGCUUCCCACCGGAGACGAAUGCCUCCUUCCGCGGCCUUGCAAUGCCAUUAUGGCUCCUAAUGGGCUUAGCCAUCUGGAGCCAGCGCAGGCACCCGGCACGGCUCCGGAACCGGGACCUGCGCUGCUGGGCAAGGGGGGCUCCCCCAGACCCUGACCCUGGGGAUGCGGACAGGGGCCGGAGCCCCAAGCUGCUUUUCGUGUCCGAAAUAACUCCCGCUUUGUCUCCCCCAUGGCAGGGGCUCGCUGCCAGCCCGGGGCUGAGCCCCCGCCCCGGCGCCGCCAUGGUGCUCCCGUACGCCCGCGACAGCGGCGGCGCCGGCGGCUGGCUGGCCCCCGAGGAGCCCCGCGGCCGCAGCAACUCCAUCCCGCCGGCGCAGACCCCCACGGCCAAGCACAUGCUGGCCUACCUGCCCCGGCCGCCCACCGACACCAGCCGGUACGGCACCUUCCCCCAGAAGCCCGAUCUCCCCGUCCCCGGGGUUCUGGUGAAGGACGGCGGGCAGCAAGCCGCCGCCACCGCUGCCAAGAGAGGCGCCCCGAUGCCAAACUGCCCGUCCGCACCCCGUCACAGCGGCUUUGUCGCCGCUGAGCCGUCCGGGCCGCCGAGCGGCGGCGGCCUGAGCACCCAGCAGCAGCGCGGCCGGCCGUCCUGGUGCCCCCCGCCUGCCCCGCAGGAGGGUGCGCCCCGCUUGUAUCCGCUGCACACACUGAGCGUGACCAACAUCCCCAACUCAUCUCGCGGCAAGACCUCCGCCCGCAGCUCCACCAUCCCCACCCCGGAGGGGCUGCAGAGCCGGCGCUGCAAGCUGCUGGAGGAGGACAGCCCGAUGGUCCAGGCCGGCAAGCGGCAGCGGCAGCGCUAUGUGACAAAAGUGGGCAAGUGCCAGGUGAAUCUGGGCAACAUCCAGGACAAGAAGAGGUUCCUCUCAGACAUCUUCACCACCAUUGUAGACCUCAAGUACCGCUGGUUCCUCUUCGUCUUCAUGAUGUGCUACAUCAUCACCUGGGUGGUCUUUGGCUUCAUCUACUUCAUUGACGCCUGGGUGCGGGGUGACAUUGGGCACCAGGGCGAUCCCGAGUGGCAGGCGUGCAUCGAGAACGUGGAUAGCUUUGUGUCCGCCUUGCUCCUCUCCGUGGAAAGCCAGAGGACCAUUGGCUACGGCACGCGGAUGGUGACAGCCAACUGCACCGAGGGCGUCAUCCUGCUGAUGGCACAGUCCAUCGUCGGCUCCAUGAUCGAUGCCAUGAUGGUGGGCUGCAUGUUCGUGAAGAUCUCCCGGCCCAAGAAGCGUGCCCAGACCCUCAUCUUCAGCAAGAACUGCGUCAUCUCCCGCCGGGACGAGAAGCUCUGCCUGAUGUUUCGUGUGGGGGACCUGCGAGAAAGCCACAUGGUGGAUGCCAAGAUCCGGGCAAAGCUGAUCAAGUCCCGUCAGACAGCCGAGGGGGAGUUCAUCCCCCUGGAGCAGUCGGAGCUGAACCUGGGCUAUGACACAGGGGAGGACCGUCUAUUCCUGGUGGAGCCCCAGAUCAUCUGUCACGUCAUCAACCGUCGCAGCCCUUUCUGGGACAUGUCGGCCGAGUCACUGCGCCGGGAGCAGUUUGAAAUCAUCAUCAUCCUCGAGGGCAUCGUGGAAGCCACAGGAAUGACGUGCCAAGCCCGCACCUCCUACACGGAGGACGAGAUCCUCUGGGGGUACCGCUUCGAGCCCUGCAUGUCCCUGGAGAAAGGCGCCUUCCAGGUGGACUACAGCCGCUUUGAGAUGACCUUUGAGGUGCAGACGCCAGCGGUCAGCGCCAAGGAGCAGCACGAGCUGAAGGAGCUGGAGCAGCAGGAGCACUCCACGCUCAGCCUGUACUGGGACCACCUCCUGCAGCCCUGCGCGCUGCCGGGGCCCGGCGAGGGGAUGAGCGCCCCCGGCAGCGUGGCUGAGGGCGCCCGGGAUGAGCCACCCGAGCGGGAAUUCCCUGCCUGAGCUGCUCCGGGGCCGUGGGACGUGCCCGGCCUGGCUGGUGCCCGUGGUGCCCCCCGCCAACAGUGCCAUAGCCCACCCUGCUCUGUGGGGCUGAGCCCUGGUGCCCUCGCCCCCCGUGCUCCCCCGCUGCAGCCACAGGGCAUUCUUUUUGUUAAGUUGUUCUUUUGUAACAAGGAAUACUAACUAGUGGGCAAGUAAAGGCUGUUCAUGACAA